AUGUCUCGCCUUGAAGCUAAAAAGCCUCCGUUAUUUAUUAGUGAGCCUUUAACUGGAGAUGCAGUGAGUCAGUCACUGUCUCUGCUGAGUGGAAUAUUAAAAUCUUCCUACGGUCCUGCUGGUCGACUCAAACAGCUCCACAAUGGUGUGGGGGGCUGUGUUUGUACCACUUCCCAGUCCUCAGCCCUCCUGGGGCACCUUUCCGUCAGCCAGCCCGUGCUGCGUGUCCUGACAGCCUCUGUACGGAACCACGUGUCACGUUUCAGUGACUGUGGCUUAUUCACUGCCAUUCUUUGCUGUGGCUUCAUUGAAAAUUUCAGGAGCCUGAAUGUUGCACCUUUUACUGUCAUUAAAAUAAGCAAGCAUCUUCUGAGUUUGUGUAUGGACCACCUGAAAUCUGAGGCUUGUGGUUGCCGGGUAUCUGUGGAUUUUAGCAGUGUUGAGACUCUUGUUUGUUUGGUACGUAGCAUUUUAACAAGCAAACCUGCUUGCAUGCUUAAUAAAACUGAAGUUGAUCAUCUCACCUCACUGGUUUUAAAGGCUUUUAUAUUUACUGUUCCAUGUCAUGUUGGGACUAAUGCUGUUUUAGGGAAGUGUGUGAUAAUACCUGUGAAAGGUAGAAGAGUUGUGGAUUCUACAGUUCUUCCUGGACUGCUGAUAGAAACACCAGAAAUCCAGUUGGAAAAACCACUUGCUGUCAAAAGGACUGGUUCAGACAUGAUCAAGAUUGCACUUUUCAGUGUGUCCAUGUCGGGUGAUGGCUUUAACCCUGAGGAAGGAACUAUAGCAGUCCAGCACGGAGUUUCUCUGGAAGUGUCAGAGCUGAAUCAGUUGCUUAAUGUGGGGAAGCAGCUGGUUAAGGAUGAGGUGGGCCUUGUAGUGUGCCAGAAAGUGAUGCAUCCCUCCUUGAAGCAGUACCUGAAAGAGAAUGGUGUCAUGGCUGUGGACAGGGCUGGGCUGUCUCUGAUGGAGCCCCUGGGCCGCAUGACAGGUUCACAGCCUAUAGCUUCCAUACAUUCAUUGUCUCCUGGUUGUUAUGGCAGUUUGAAAGAUUUGCGCAUUGAGGGGUUUGCUUCAAAGCAUUUUCUACAUCUAAUUCCUGAGGACACAGUUAUCUGCAGCCUUAUACUCUGUAACAGAAGUGAAACAGCGUGGGAUGAGUUGAAGCGUGUCUGUGAAACUGCGGAACACGUGUUACAGUUAACAGUGAAGGAACCUUUGGCAUUAUUAGGAGGGGGCUGUACAGAAACUCACCUGGCUUCAUACAUAAGACACAAGAGUUCUAGUCUGCCUGCCAGCACUUUCAAAGACCUAGAUUGUUCUCAGACACAAUACCAAUUGGUUGCUGACGGGUUUUGCCGUUCCCUGGAGUCUGUAGCUCGCUCUCUGAGUCACGAUGGUGAAGAAAUUCUUACAGACAUGGUUUAUGGACACUGUUGGUUUGUUCCAUCAGGUUCUCCCUGUGUCUCCAAGUGGUCAGAUUUAGUUUCAAAAUGUGGCUGUGGAAUGAAUGGUAACACAGAGGACCUCAGCUGGAGGUUUUUGCAAUGCCAGUCUGGCUCUCCUUUUAUACAGGCCUGCCCUAAAGGGCCCUCAGUAAAGGUUGCUGACCACCUGACUCUCGAUUGCUUUGCUGCCAAGUGCAGUGGCCUGCAAGUAGCUCUGGAGACAGCCAACCUGAUUUUAGAUCUUUCAUAUAUAAUUGAAGAUCAAAAUUAACUCUGAUCUUAUCUGAUUUGUGUUGUAUAGCAAGACAACAGUGAACUGAAAGCAGGGUAUUGUAUAAUCUGUUAAGAUAUUUGAAUAGGUUAGAAUGUGGACAGCAGACAGAAACUUUAAAUUCAACAGUUGGCCAUUGAAUAUUCUUAUCAUUGUUAAUGUACUGUGAUCUCAAGCAUUUUCAAAUGUUCAACCUGUUCCCUCUGCAUUAAGGAAAGUUUUGAAUGUCAUUUAGCUCUGCGGCAUCUUCAGAGGAAUGGGCAAAAUGGAUUCACUUGCUGAGAAAACAUGUUAUGUAUUAGAAUUUAUACAGUCUCAGCAAAAGCAUUACACAUUCAAAGAGACUUUAAUAAUGCAGCAGAAUUUUAUCACUGGUAUUUUUAAUUAUGGGUAAAAAAGGCUUAGCAGAUACCUUGAGCCACUUGUUUUUAAUUUUGUUCUGAAGUUUUUGUCACUGUAUACAUAUGUGUAUGCAGUUUCUAUUUAAAUGGCUGAAGGAUUUUAAUUCAUAUAUGUCAUUUAUUUAACAAGUUAUAAAAACUCAACCUGGAGCUCUUAAAGGUAGCAGGUAGGUAAUAGAAGAUUUGCAAAGAAAUGGCAGACUGGGUGGAAAAAACUUUUGUCAAGUGGCCCUUGAUUGUCUUCUGUGGAAUACAGGGCAGUCUAUAAUGAAGUUUCUAUCAUUUUAGCAAAGCUGCAAGAAAGAAUGUCCCACUUGCCAUUCAAUUAACUCUUGGACUGUGCAUGGCUUCUUUUAAUGAAGUAAAGCUUUAAGCUGCUCAGAAUUGUUUUGAUCUUUAAAUAAGACUGUAGACUGAAUGAUCAAAACUUUUUCUCAUUCUCAGCUUGCAUGCAAGAUCAAAAAGGGUGUUACAGUUUCUUGCUUAAGCUCAUUUUCUUUGCCACUUUCCUUCUCCCUCUUUGUUUUCAGUCACAAGGGACAAAUUGUUCAUGGUGUGUUUCCAGAAAACAUCCGAGUCAGUUGUAGUCUAGUCUGCUUAUUUUUUUUCCUGAUCUCUUAAGUUUUACUAUAUUCAUUUACUGCAUAUAAGCAGUAAAAUUGUUAAUGUAUAACUUGGUUUUGAAAUAUGUAAUUAAAGCCAGAUCUUUCCAGACCUUUUGUACAAAGUCCUUUUAAUUUUAAGAACAUAAGUAAUCAUUUUCUCACUGGGAAAAAAAUAAAGAGAGUUAUUUAAAGUU